AUGGCACACGCGCUGCUAAGCGUUGAGGACGACGCGCAGGGACUGAUCAAUUACUUUGGGGCGCUGACCUAUACGGUGCAGCUGUACCGGAACUCGGAGACAGAGACGCAACAGGCAGCGCUGUUGGAAGGCAAUCUGGUGCACUUUGCGCGGCUGCUGGGAACGUACCUGGCCGCGCCGGAGAAAAGGUUCCUGCAGGUACUGCGUAAGUUGAUGUCGAACCUGGCGCGCCUGUUCAUAAAGGUGAAUCAGAAGACCGCCGGCAGCGGGGACCCGACGUGGAAGAACCCCGUGCACACCAUUCUGUUUUUGCUGCACGCAUACAGGCAAGGCGAUCGCUCGCGGUGGCAUUUGGGAGACGCGCAGUUGUCGGAGACGGUGCGGGCAUCCCUACACGUGGAGAUUCCAUUCGAAGAAUUGAUCGGGUUCCUCGAUAGCAGCGCAGAGCUGAAUAGGCAGAUGCUGCUGUGUGUGCGCGUUCUCGCGGAGGAUCUGACGAGCGAGCAGUCCCGGCGCUCUCCGCUGCACGACGUCAACGCCCUGGUACGCAAGCAUCUCUACAUCACAGCCAUGGCGAUGAUCAAUCACACACUUGAGCAGAGCAUGCUGCCCGAGAACUGCCUCUAUGCAGCAGCAGAAACGGUUGUCUUCGAAGCUAUUACGGCCUGGAUUGAAUAUGUCUCAUUAGUUCGCACUAACUCGCCGGACUAUAUGGAUCUCACUGAUCUGUUCGAGCACCUAAUAAGACUCAUGUGCAUCAGCUGCGAUGGCAGUUUCCCGUUCGCAGACACAGUGAUCAGAAUACUGUCAUCCGUGCUAUCUCACCACCCCGAGUUGAUGAACGUCGAUCUACGUGUGCAGCUCGAGUCGAUAUUCUUGGGCGUCACACGGUCCGAUGACCAGCAAGUAUCCCGCCAGAGUCACGAGUGGAUGUUGCUCUAUAUGAACCACCUCGUGGCCGCAGGCGCCUACGACGGCCUGAGUGACCUGGCCACGUGCGUUGUGGGUUUCCUGAACUUGAACUGUCUAGACAUCUCCAGCAGGUUAUUCACCCGCGCCCACAACGAUACAUCGCAAAUUCAGCAGUACAUAAAAGUCUUGCUUCAAUUGACCAACUUCCCAGCCGCACCUGUGUUGCAGGAGGUGUACUCUGUUCAUAUGACCACUUUUUGGCAAGAUCUUUGCGACUCCUACUAUGGAUUAUCCGCUGACGUCUUACGUCCAGACGGCCCUGCAAUUGCGGAGGACGUGUUCGGCCAGCUGGUAGACAUAUACUUGCCCAAGGUGAGCCUGAUUAACAAAUUAAAGAUUAUCGAUGGAACUAUUGGCGAUGCGGAGCAAACACGCGGUAGUAUCUCCAAAUUCGAGUACUUCAGAAACGAAGUAGCCACCUUAGUAGCACAGUCCUGGAUGAUACUGGGUAACUCAAAGCUGACGAACCAGCUGAUCCUAAAAGUAUGCGAGCAACAGCGUCAAUCAGGAUCUGUAGACCUUUUCCAGGUCGAAUGCAUGGCCUUCUUGCUGGAGCGAUUACUAGAAGGCGUAGACCUGGAGGAAACACCCCAGCUUUGCGAACUCAUCCGAGAGUCGGAGCUCAUGGAGUACAUAAUGUACUUGUUGAAUGCCGGUUGCAAGCAGCAUAUGCAUACAGAAGGGUUGGAGAAACUGAAGCUGCAGUUCGUUGACACGGGUAGCGCUUUGUUACGUAACUUACUAACUUACUUUAAGGUUAACCAAGAUUCCCUUAUUCAUGUGGUGGGUAACAUAUUUAGCUGCAUGGCAGAGUGCUCCCGUUUUAAUUCCCCCGACGACACCAACGACAUUGAAGCCUCGUUAAUGCAGACGUUCACCGCUCUUUGCAAUCAGUGCCGACAUGAGAUGGUACCGCUCUUCCCAUCGCUGCUGGGUAUAAUGGAACAGAUGCUAUCCCCAGCCUCCAAUACAUCGAAAUCUGUUCGCCGCGACAUGGUUCGCUCGGUAUCAUUCAUCAUCCAGGCAGGCAGUAGCCAAGACCCUAUUUCGCUCGGAAAGGAUAUCAACAACAUGCUGGACCUGUUCUGUGCUACCACAGAUGUCGCCGACAAGAAGAGCACCAACGCCCUGCUGACAUACAUUCUCGAGCUUGGCCAAGGCCUUGAGGACUGCUCCGGGGGCGGCAUAGACGUUGCAGGGCACAAGGUUCUCGAGAAACAUGUACAGGCAGACCUGCAGCAGAUCCACGACAAGGUGCUCUCAGUUAUCUAUGCUGGCUGCAAGCAGCACAACGGCGACACCAACCUUAUUCAGACAAGCUGUCUCAUCCUCGGCCUGAACGUGCAGUCCAAGCCCCCACACCUUUUUCGCUUUACCGUCCCGCAGAUUCUGGACUUCCUCUUCGCACAGCUGGCGCUUUGCAACCUCGGAGCCUGUCUGCCCCACAUGAUCCGCCUAUUGGAGCGGCUGCUCGUCCACCAGCUAGACGCCUUCUCCCAGGAGCAGUUUGACCACCUGCUCUUGAGCUUCUUCGUUCAGCACUACGCGUUGAUCGCUGAGGACCCCGAUCUCAUCCAUAGCAUGGGCACGUUCUUCGUCACCGCUCUGCAGAAGAAACCCGCCUUCGUCCUCCGCUCCGCCCACAUGCAUAGCUUCGUGUUGCCGCGCUUCCUCGACUACAUCGCCGCCCAGGAGAGCCUCACCAUCCGUGCAGCGGUCCGCUUCUGGUCGCUCUUCCUCAAGAACCGCUAUCUGCCGGAUGAUCGCGCGGCGGUUACCGCUUGCAUGUCCCUGAUCGGCCCACAGCUCGUCUCCAAUACAAUGCGCGCGCUUUUCCACGUCCGCCGCUCCGAAAUCAACUCCUAUACCGACAUUCUGCGCGCCCUUGUCGCCUCCUACCCGAUUCAGACCAAGGCCUGGCUCUCUGCCACCAUGGCCAAACUCGACGGUCGCCCGGAAGUCCAUGCCCGCUUCAUUGAGAGCAUUCUCGUCACUCGGGGCUCCCACGCUGCGUCGCGCGUCGUCCAGACCUGGUGGCUCGCGUGCAACGGCCUCCCGCGCAUGGACUGA